UAGUAUUGAAAAUUUUAUUCCGUAUGAAAUGACCUCAACAUGGAUAGAGAGCUGUCCUGUUCGAGUCAAAAAGCUGAUUGCAAGUCUUCCUAAAAAACAUAUUAAACUAGUCAAAACACAUGAACCGACUAAGUUUAGUGUUCGCGAGAUGCUAAAAGGCACAUUUGUAGUCUCAAUCAAUAGGAAACACGUCUGCUCGUGUCACGGCGCUCAGCCUUGUAUACAUGUUUUAUUUAUUCUUAUCAAUUAUUUCAACCUGGAGAACCACAACCCUUUAGUAUGGCAAGAUGGAAUCUGGGAAGCUGAAAUAGUGGAAUUGAUAUCAUCUCGAAAAAUAAAGGACGACUCUUCCUGUUCUUUGUGCCAACAGCGUCUUUCACAAAAAAGUGGUUGCCCAUUUUGUAAUGAGCAGUUCCAUUGGCACUGCGCUGUGUUGCGAUCAAGAGCCUUGCAUGACGAGUAUGUUACAUGUGGCCGAUGUCAUACAAAAUUGGAUAAGUGCUCCGUCUCACAAAUUUUAUGCAGUGCUUGUCGUUCUGAUUGUGAAAGUCAUAGUUACAAAUGCUGCUUCUGCCCCAGCUACAGAUUAUGCAAUAAAUGUUACUCAGCAGGAAAAGCUCACGCACAUCACCCAUUUUCAAAAGAUAAUUCAGCAUCAAGUAGCAUUUAUCCGAAGGUCACUGCCCAAGAUGUCAACUCACUUCAACACAGAGAAAUUAAUCCCGAAGAUUACGAAAUCCUUUUAUCAUUAGAAAAUAAUAGAUCGACUACACUUAGUUUAAGUGAGUUCGAAAAGCUACCCAAGGUGUUGUGGCAUGGCGACAUGAACUGCGUAACCUGCGGCAUUUGUUUGGAAGGAUUUAAAAUCGAUGAAGUUCUAGUACAGUUUCCGUGUAGUCAUUUUUUCCAUUUGCCUUGCUCCAGAAAAUGGACAACAGAACACAAAGCUGAAUGCCCGAUAGAUCACCGCAGCAUUCUUCAUGGAGAAAAAUAUAUUUAAUCAAAAUUAUGUAAAAUAAUACAUCGUUGCAGGCACAACUCAAAUCAACAAA